ACUCGCGAGGCGAUAUAAAUAAGCGGUGUUUAUGUUUGGCUACGAUUUGAACGUUUUCUGGCUUUUCUACUUCAUUCUUCUCUCGCAGUUCGCCAUGUCUUCAAAAUAUGCCUCAGUAGAUUUCGAAAUUUUCGGCAAUGUACAGGGUGUGUGCUUCAGAAUGUACACAGAAGAUCAGGCGAAAAAGCUUGGUGUGACUGGCUGGGUGAAGAAUACCAGACAGGGCACUGUGGUGGGCCAAGUGCAGGGGCCUCCAGACAAAGUCAAUGAGAUGAAGCACUGGCUGAGGAAUGUUGGCAGCCCCAGCUCUCGCAUCGACCGUGCUGAGUUCAGUAACGAGAGGGACAUUUCUAAACUGGAGAUCCGUGGAUUCGGCACUCGUUAUUGAAUUCCACCUCCUGGACGACGGCCCCUUAACCUUUUCAGAAAGCAUCCGUAAAAAAUUCAGUCAUACCAUCCUCCCUGCUGAGUCACCAUCAUUACCAGACUAUUGUACACCAUGUACUUUAAACCUAAGUGAACAAAGCACUUAUCAAACUCUAAUCAAAAUCUUAACUAUUGCAUUUGGAGUCUAUUUGUAUUUGUUAGUAGAUGUUGUGUACGUCUAAUGUACCAUGCAUUGUUAUUUAUAACCUAAAAAAGCUUUUUUAUUAUUACUUAUUUACUGAAUUUGACUUCUACAAACUCCCAAACGUGCUAUACUAUAUCACCAAACAAUUGUUUGCCUCUUAACAAGCCAUUUAAAUUGAAUAAAUCAUUAUACUGAACUAAAACUGAAUAAAGCAACGCAUGUUCACA